GCUUCUCUCCCACCACAUUCUCCCCCAUCACAGCCCUCACAAUGUUUGCGCGAACAGUAGCAUCGUCCCUCCGACAAGCCGCCCGGCCCAUGGCCGUCCGCUCAACGGCCUCUGCCUUCCGCACCCCCAUCGCUCCUCUAUCCCCCUUCCAAAUCCGCCUCCUCUCCGACCAAACCCGCUCCGCCAUCGACAAAGCCGUGUCCUCCGCCCCCGUCGUACUCUUCAUGAAGGGAACCCCCGAGACACCCCAGUGCGGCUUUUCGCGCGCCGCCAUCCAGAUCCUCGGUCUGCAAGGCGUCAACCCCGACAAGUUCGCCGCUUUCAACGUCCUCGAGGACCCUGAGCUGCGCGAGGGCAUCAAGGAGUACUCCGACUGGCCCACGAUUCCUCAGCUCUACGUCGAGAAGGACUUUAUCGGUGGUACGGAUAUUCUGGUGUCUAUGCACCAGAAUGGUGACUUGGCUAAGCUCUUCGACGAGAAGAAGGUUAUUCUUGAGGGAGAGCCUGAGCAGAAGGAAUAGAGGAUAAAUAAUUGGGAGUGUAUGAAUAUUCAUGAUGUAAUAUGGGAUGGAUACCACUGUAUGGCAGAUUACGGAUUGUACAGCAAAAAGCAAUAGAAAGGUGCGAUUACCGGUGUCGCCAUCACGUUAAGCACGGAGAGGUGAACAUGUCUGUGUUUUGGAGGUUCCGGACUGCGCGUAGCAUCCUUCCGAGUCACACUCAAUCACUAUCGACAGGUACACAUGCGAAGGCUUGCUGGUAGGUGUAAAGAUAUCUCAAUCAAAGUCUAUAUGGUCUA